AUGGCAUCAAGAAAAAUUCGAGGUCGGGCACCGACUAAGAAAUUGAGCAAGGAACAGGAUGAUGAUAAGAAGGAUGGGAGUAGCGAGCACGGGAGGGAUGCUGUUGAAAUUGUAAACAUGGAAAAGGGUUCCCAACAAACGAAAGAUCGGGGUAAGAACAGGGUCACCGAUGAAGCAGCGAGUGAAGAUGUGAUGAAGAAAGGGACAAGGACAAAGGUGAAUUUGAAGAAGAGUAUGGGAAAGACUGACCAGGAACAGAACAAGACAGUCGGAGAAGGUCGUGAUCGGGAGGGAAAAGAAAGGACAAAAAAGAAGGUGUUAAACAGAGACAGCGCAAAGGUAAAAAAUAUGGAAAAUCGGGACAGGGUAAAAGAUGAGAAAUCAAAAAGUAAAAAGGAUGUGCCUGAGAAGAAAGGGAUCAGCACGAAAGCAAGCAUAAAAAUAACAGGUAAAAAAGCGAAAAGAGAAAAUGAUCAGGAAGGGAAGAUUAAAGAAAUAGUUGAGAAAGAUGAUAAGCAGCGCAAUGAGGUCAAAAGGAAGAAAAGGGAGCAAAAGACAGAAACGGAUAAUAGGAGAGAUACCGAGAAACAAACUAAAAUAGAGGCAAAAAAAGUAGCGAAGAUUGAACGGGCUGCUGACAAAACGAAGAGAAAGACAGGAGGAAGUAAAAAAGGUGAUAAACGAGAUGUAGGUGGAAUAAUAAUAAGAAAUGAAACUCGAGGUAGGAAGAAAAAAGCAGAGGAAACGAGUGACAUAGUUAAUGAAGAGAAGGAGUUAACUACGGAAGAAAGUACAACAAGUGGGAAAGAUGAAUUGGCAAAUGACAAAGUGAAAAAGACAAGGAAUGCGGACGAGAAAUCAAAAAAAAAUAAGGACGAAGAUGUUGAAACAAAAGUGAAAAAUGGUAAAAAACGUGCUGGAAAAAAGGUGAAACCGGUAAAAGAGAAAGUACUAGAAAGUAAGCAAAAAAAGCGAAAUACAAAAGAGGCAGAUGACAGGGAAACACAACAUCCCAGUAUUUCGUUAAGUAAAAGGGUGAGAAGAGGUUUUGAAAGUAAAGAUGCUACUCGAGGAACAGAUGAGGGAUUAUCAGAGAAAAAAAAAGAGCAAGAGCAAACGGGCAAAAAGAGGAAAGAAAAAAAGGUUGCGGGUUUACUGGAAAAAGUCGAGGACCAAAAAAUGGUGGUAAAGAAAAAGGAGGACAGGCAUUAUAAGCCUGAAGAGCUUGUCGAUCAGAAGACAGCAACCAAAAAGAAGGAUGGAAAAAAGGUUGCGGGUUUACUGGAAAAAGUCGAGGACCAAAAAAUGGUGGUAAAGAAAAAGGAGGACAGGCAUUAUAAGCCUGAAGAGCUUGUCGAUCAGAAGACAGCAACCAAAAAGAAGGAUGGAAAAAAGGUUGUGGGUUUACUGGAAAAAUCUAAGGAUCAGAAAAUGAUUAUUAGUUCGACUGAAACUAAAAAAAGUAGUUCAAUAGAUAAUACGGUGAGGAAAAAUGAUCAAACAACAAAUGUUAGUGACGGUAGUAGACAGAAGAGAUCACCUCAUUCAGUUAAAGCAAAGAAGAUUCCUGCAAAAAAUUCUGAAGAUGCUGUAAAAGCUAUCGAUAAGAACGAAGAAGAGGCUAUCGAUGUGUCUGUAGCGCCAGAGAACAACAUUUUCAAAGGUAUUGAACCAAAAAAAGAGGAUGAUAAGAGUGACUUGCUUAUCACCAAGGCAUUGGAAAAAAUAUGCCAACACAAGGAUAUUGAAGUUAAGAACGUAGUUUUCAACGUAUAUGCCAAGAUGUACCCUUUUAAUGGUGAAACUUACACAGAUCCGCUGGAAGGCACCCUGUUGGUAAGCCAAGAGCCCCUAAGAUUGAUCUUCGUGAGGAAGGGAAUAAAGCAGGUAAUGUUUGACAGUGUUAUAAAUUACGAUACUAAAGCUAUUCUGAAGGAUAGCAGAGUAACAUUCGGUGUAAUUUAUGAAGAUAAAGAAAAGAAGUUGGAUUUGUACGCAGCCAAGUUCUUUAAAGGAGAGGAUGCCACAAGGUUUUACGAGUUAAUAGCCAAAAUAGGCUGAUCUAUCUGUGUUUGUACCUUCAUUAAAGGAGCAAGUGAAUAUUAAUAAGA